AUGUUAGAAGAAGCAGAUGCAGAUUUAAUUGGUUUUUUUGAUGAAUUGUUUCGGCAAGCAACCUUAGCUAGUAUUAAUAACAAAUAUAUAAAUGGAAUUAAAGCAGAUAUUGGAUUAUAUUUAGAAACUUCUGAAGUAUCAGCUUCUUCUAUUGAUAUACUUGCAAAUAUAGGAUUAUCAGUAUCUAGAAAAACAGUAAAUCGACAAAAAACUUUUAUUUCAGAAAAUCAUCAGUAUACUGUAAAUAACUACUGUUUACAAAAUAUUGAAAAUAUGUUUAUACUUAAUAUUGAUAAUUAUCAUUAUAUUUAUAGAAGAAAUCAACUAACUCUAUUAAAAAUAUAUGACAUUAAUCAUUUUGUAACAAUUUUAUUAAAUUCAAAUCCUAAUAUUCCUAAAAUACCUUAUUAUGAGUUAAAUAAUAUUCCAAUUCAUAAUCCUAAAGAUGUUGAUUUUAAAUUAAUUAUAAAUUAUAUUAAUGUUAACUUUAUAAGUAAAUUAGAAAAAGAAUUAAGAUCAAUGAAAAAUAAUAAAUUAGUAGAUUUUAUUUUAUAUCCUUUGCACAAUACAAAAGAUUAUAUUGAAUUUGCAAAUAUUUUAUUUAAGAUAUAUAUAUUAAACUUUUCAGAUGUGGAUUUUUUAGAAAGUAUUAUAAAAAUUUGGAUUUUAUUUCAAAGAUUAUAUAGACAUAAUUAUAAUAAAGCACCACUUAUAUUUUUAAGUGAUGUGUUUUAUUGGACAUUAAAUAAUUAUCCAAUACUAAAUAUUUUAAAAAAUAAUUUACCAAUUUUUAAUGAUUAUUUUGUUAAAAAUUUUCAUAGUUCUCUUAAAUAUCAAACAGCUGAAUCAAAUACUAAUAAACAAAUUAUACAAAAAGCAAAAACUAUUAAUCUUGAAAGAAACGAUAAUAGAUUUAAAAACACUUUUGUUAAUACAAGAGAUGUAAAUAUUUUAAAGGUUAAAUUAAUAUCUUUAGAGAAAAAAGUUUUAUUAUUCUUAUUAUUUCUUUUUGACAAAAUUUAUCAUAAUAUUGGAAAAUCAAAUAAUAGUAACAAUUAG